AUGGAACCUAAACCUGUCAAAUUAUUCGUGAAGGUGAUGAAUUCGGAAGAUCCAACGAUAGAAAUCCAUGCAGAUUCUGAUGAUUCAAUAAAGUCUAUCCAUGAGAAAAUUCUAGUGGCAGCUAGAAUCCCAGUUACAGAGCAGAAAUUAUUCCAUAAUGGGAAGCAACUAGAUCAGUGUCUUCACACACUCGAAGACUGCUCAAUUGAAAACGAAGCUUCGCUGGAGUUGAAGGUAGAACUCAGGUGGGACGACUCGGACGAAUCAUCAGCACUUCUCCAAAAGAUUCACAAAAUGAGUUCAAACUUUUGCCGCAUGUGCCAAGGGGAAUCUGUCUCCGAAGAUCAAGAUGUCUCGGAUCAUGAUUACAGGACCAUUCUCGAGGCGUUUAUACUCCCAGAAGAAAAGGAUUUGGAGAUUCUUAAUUUGUAUUCUGUCCCUGCGACUAUGGUUAUGCUUUAUAAGUCACCAAUUGAAGGUAACAAAGACUAUGCUGAUUUUUUAAUAAGGUUUUCCAUGGAUCUCUUACUGAUGAGUGCAGAUAAGUUUCUUGGUGAUGAAAAAGCACCUUUAGUGUUAGAAUUUUGUAAUUUGCUUAGGGAGGUAUCUAAUGAAGAUCCUCUGUAUCAGUCAUGCCGGACUACUCUAAGAAAAUUGCUGGAAAUAGGUAAUUAUGAGAUGCAUCUCAAUAAUGGGUUACGCACAAUGCUCCAAAUUUUAGAUUUUUUUAAAGAGUCGUUAGUAGCCCUAUUACAUGGAUUGGGCGAGACCACCUACCCAACCGCACACAUUCAGUCUUUGCAAAUUCAAUUUCGUGACUUCCGGACAUUCUCACGCGCAUUAUGUCAAGCAAUUGAUGGUCAGGCGGAAGCCGAUGAAGAUGGUGAGGUUGAUAAUGAGGAUGAUGAGACAGACGAAGAUGGUGAGGUUGAUAAUGAGGAUGAUGAGACAGACGAAGAUGAUGAGGUUAAUAAUGAGGAUGAUGAGCAUAAGGUUGAUAAUGAGAAUGAUAAGCAAAGGAAUGGUGAAAAGUUUAUAGUUCUGUACUCGAUUACAACCAUUGAAGUUGGAUUUGGACGAGUAAUGAAAAAAAUGGAGGUGCAUCUUAGUCGUCUGCCGCUUAUAUUACGAGUAUUGAAAUACACUGAUGAUUCGGUAUGUAUUGAUGCUAUGCGUUCAAUUUCAUUAUUGUAUCUCGCCAUUCUGAAUGAAUUGAACAGCAUGUCUCAGCUUGUGGAAGGUGCCAAAGAUGAAUUUCGGCAGGUAUUAGAGGAUCAUAAGAAUUCACUACAACUAAUGAUUAAAACCAUUACAAGGAAAGACGAUUAUGAUUGGCUUCUCGAGCACAGUGCUGUGCUUGAUUCUGAAUCCAUGAUACAUUUACUCAUGAUGAAGAUGAUCCCUGAGGAAAAAUUACGCGACGAAGAGCUCUAUAAUCCUCUUAUUCGCUGGUCUAAAAAUCUAGACGUAAAGCUGUAUAAGAAAUUCAAAAAGAAGGAUCUUACAGAUUCUCAAGUAUUGCAGGAUUGGUUAUGCAAGUUGUGCCAAAUUCUAUUCAAACCACAAAAUCUUCUUUAA